GUAGGGCUUAUUCUGCUCCAAUGCCGAUGGCUAUGGAUUGUUCUCCUCCAAUACUGAUGGGGAUGAUGGGUGGUUCCGCUCCAAAAAGCAUUAGGCGGGAGAAGAGAAGUGUUGGUUCAUCAUCAUAUAGUCCUGUGGUUACACAUGAGGCAGCAUCCCCACCACCCCGCAAAGACCCUCUGCUGCAGCUGGUGUCCCUGCAGAAGGCGUCUGGCUGCUGGCUGCUUGAUGCACAUCUGGCUGCAGCGCUGGGAAAGGCCAGUGAGGAGGUGGAAAAGGCAAAGCCAGCAUCGGUCAACAGUGAAGUGUGGGCCUCCAUUCUGGCUCUGAUCUGGCUUCAUGGUUUUAAGAUGGAUGCAAAGGAGGAGUGGGAGCUCCUGACUCUGAAGGCUGCAUCCUGGAUCAAAGCUCAGAAUGCUCCAUGUGUGUCAGAGUGCGUUGAAGCUGGAAACACGCUGUUGGGCUGCAGCGUGAAGAAAGAAGAUCUGGGGCUGUGAGGUUUUCCAUGAAGAGACUUCAGCUUUACUUUGGAAGCACCUAAGUGCAGGAAGGAAAACUAUAAAGUUGUUGAUUGAUCAAGAUAAGAAGAUUUUGUCUGUCCUUAAAAAAAAAUUAUAAAGCAUUUGGUAGUGUAAUGGUACAUAGAUUUUACUAAACAUUUUCAGUACAGCCCUUUAGUUCAGCACUCGCCUGUACCAAUUUAUUUGUGCAACUAAAAUGCUCAACGGUGUAGAAAACGGUGAAAAGAAAAAAAGAAAUUAGGCAUUUUUCAGCAGUAAUAAGGUACCUCAAUAUCUCUAGCUAUGCUGCACAUAAUUACUCACCUAAAAUGACUUCUACAUGAAGAUAAACAUGACAGCUAAAGUCCAAUUCUACCUGUUUGUUGCAGUCAACUGGCUCAAAAUGGUGCACAGCAAAUGGCAGACAGCAAUACAUCAAUAACAAAAUCCAACCACAUCUGCUGUCAGUUCUAUACCGGCCUUUCCUUCUCUAAAAUGACUAUUGCUAAUAAUUUUAUUUUAUUGUGUAAAAUAAAUAAUUGGCUGUAUAUAGGUUUGUAUGUUGAUCCCAAGAUUUUUAUGCAGUGGAGUGGGUUUGGGACAAUCAAAGAUUUGAUCAAAGUUGGCAAGCCAGAACUGUUUAGUGAGAGUUUUGCUUUAAAUCGGACAGCAAUUGUUUGCUGAUGUUUUUCUUUUUAUAUGUGAUUUCCAUGUGGGAUCUUAUUCUAUCAUGACACCUAAGAAUUUUGGUUUGCUUUACUCUUUGGAUUUCCAAUCCAUCUGGAUUUGGUGAUACAUUGUUUUUCUCUCUGUCGUGAAAUAAUAUGGAAUUUGUCUUAUUAAGAUUGGGUGACAAUCUGCUCAUAUCAAACCAACUUUUUACUUUUUCCAUCUCAGAGUUUAGUACCUGCAUUACUUCUUGUAUAAAAUAAUGUUGUGCCAUAAGUGAAUAAUAUGCUGCAGAGUCAUUUUGACACAUUUGCAAGAUCAUUGCUAUCAAAAAAUAAACUUGGUUUUUCAGUUAA